AUGACACCCUCCCCUCCCUGGGCACCCUCCACACUGCCCCCAACCUUAGGUAUGGUGUCUAUUCGAGGACCAGGGUGGGGGGUAGUUUAUGGGAUGAUCUGUGGAUGUGGCGUCUUGUGCAAUGGACUGGUUUUGACAGUACUGCUUAGUUGUCGGCAUACAUUGGUAUCUGACCUUUAUGUGGUGAAUCUGGCAUUGGCUGACUUGCUCUCCUUACUUGGAAUGCCUCUUCUCAUCCACCAACUUCUUCAUGACAAAGGAUGGGUUUUUGGAGACAUUCUAUGUCGUGCUGUCACUGCUUUGGACCUAAAUAACCAGAUUACUGGUGUGGGCAUCAUUACAGCACUCUGUGUGGACAGAUAUGUGGCAGUUGUGCACUCAGCCACUAUGGGUCAGCAUCGAAGUGUCCGGUGCACAUGGCUAGUGACAGGCUGUGUCUGGAUUUGCUCACUACUGCUCAGCACGCCUGCUCUUCUAUACUCUGGAGUACGCUGGGGCGAGGGAGUGGCCCUGUGUGUUCUGGACCUACCUGGAGCUCCUCCAUCUCUCUAUUGGUUCACAUUAGUGCAUAGCCUCCUGACCUUCCUCUUGCCACUGCUUGUCAUAGUGGUGCUGUACUCUCUUACUCUACAUCACCUUGCCAGAGUCAUGAGAAGAGUCCAGAGGGCUCCAUCACAGCGCAGUCGCAGGGUCACCCGCAUGGCACUGGCUAUUGUAGCGUCCUUCCUUCUGUGCUGGGCCCCCUUCCAUGCAGUGCAGCUGCUUAACCUAGUCUCUCCUGGGCCUCCUUCCAUUUCUGUUUUCUACCUCAACCAGGCUGUCAUCUGCCUCGGCUAUGCACAUAGCUGUGUCAGUCCUCUGCUGGUCAUCUGCUGCACAGAGGGCUUCCGGGAGCGGUUACCACAUGCACGGUGCUGUCGUUUUCUUUUCCGGCGAUGGGCUGGAUUCUGGCCAGUGUCAGCCUUACCCCCUCAGGGUCCAAAUUCAGCUGUUAACAGCCCCCCUGUGGGAGGAGUUUGUCUACCCCAACACCGGAGAAGGACUAUCAGCUUGGAAACGCCCCCUUGUUCUAUCACUGAGAACUCUAGACUAAGCCCUUGCAUGAGGGAUGAAAGCAGUAUCUUGUGA